UUUGCUUGGAAGAGAAACGCAGACACCUCAUUCAAAAUGGCCUCUAAUAGCGACUGCGCUGGACGUGGAUCAAAAUGUACAUAAACAACACCGAGCCGUUGCUUUACUCUUCAUUCUUAACGCUACAAGCUUCGGAGGCGCGAUGUCAUGAAUGUGCUGGACUGGCAGAAUCGGCGGGGUACAUAAGAUGAGCGCUUGUUUUGCGGACAGCCCAGUCGAACCGGGGCGCUGCCGCUGCAGCAGGGCUUCAUCUGCCUUUCUGAGCCACCGACAUGGAAAGAGUGGAUGAUGCUGUUGAUGAGCCGGGACUCGCACCGUCCUUCGAUGUCAACGACAACCGGGAGGAGUGCAAACCACGCGUUUGCGGUUCAGACCCCGAAAGAGCACGGGAGGGUUCUGUUUACAGUUCGGCACAUGCGACUCCGGGCGGUGCUGGACUACCCUCUCUCCCCCCGGUGGAGGUGGGGUACAGGGCCGGAGUAUUUAACGGGUUUCCCGGAAAGCUGGAGGUUGAUAUGGUGUGUGUGAAUGGAGAAGGAGGCGAGGGGGGUCGGGUUACAGGGACUUCCGAAGCUGAGAGCUGGAAUAAAUCUGACAGAAACUAUUUAAAUUCACAACCGAGGUCUGCAGUGUCAUUUAUGGGUAUAAACUCGCCAGAUAUGAAGAUGCCUAAUGGAGAUGUUAUCCAUGAACACAUGGAUCUUGAUCAAACUCAUUUGAGGUGUUUGGAUUAUGCAGAAGGAUUCAACAGGAAGGGCACUGCUUUAGACCAAGGUGUGAAAGUGGGUAAUGGGGGGUUGUUGAUUGUGAACAGUUAUGACACCCUGUCUCAAGUCCCCUUUAGAGCAGUGGGUGGCCUUUCUUCUCCAGAAAGCUGUGUCUUUGUUCAUCAAAGUGACAGUGUCCUCUCUACGGGGAGGUCAUGUGAAAGGAUCAGUCGUGCCAGUGCUGAGAGCUCAGAGGAGGCCCAGCCCUGUGACCCGGAUCCCACGGACACCCUGUCAGACCUCAGUGCCAAGCUGUCCUUUUCUCCCCUGGCAGAAAACACCAGCGAUUACACAGAGACCGACCCAAGCCCAGAGGAGGAUUUCAGCGACACAGGCCCUCCUCCCCUCAGGCCCCAGAACCUCCGGACUAACUCUGGUCACACAGUCUCCCUCAGCUGUGAUGCCACUCCUCUGAGCCCCGGGGAUGAUGGGUAUUUUGGAGCAGAGGGCGGUGUGGAUGAAUGUCCCAGUUCUGAGAUAGCAUUCGAGGGCGGUCGGCGGCAGAGCGCUCCAGACCGGGUCGCUGCGGACCCUGAUGCCUCAUAUGACCAGACGCUUGGCACUAAGAGGCACGGCAUUGCUGAGUUCUUGACCAGGAGUUUGUUUUCCUGGAAGCCCAAAGAGUCAAAGGGCGCAGCAUCACACAGUGUUCCAGGAUGGAGGCUGUUUGGGAAAAUUCCACUGCGGGACAACCCUCUGAAGAACUCUAGGACCGUACAACAGGAGUAUGAGUCAGGACCACCCCCUCACCUUCAGCCAAUGAGACGCAAGAAUCUGGAGUUUGAGCCUUUGUCCACAACUGCUCUUAUUCUGGAAGACAGACCUCCGAACCUGCCAGCUAAAUCAGAAGAGGAAUCUCAGAAACACCGGCAGGAAUACAGUGAGAUGGUUGCAGGGGCCAAGAGAAGGGAGAUGAAAGAAGCACAGAAGAAAAAACGUCAAAUGAAGGAGCGAUACCGACAGGAGGAGAACAUCGCCAAUGCCAUGGUGAUCUGGAACAUGGAGGUCCUGCCUAAUUGGGAAAGCAUGCGUAACACACGGCGUGUACGAGACCUCUGGUGGCAGGGCGUCCCGCCCAGCGUCCGCGGGAAGGUCUGGAGCCUCGCCAUCGGAAAUGAGCUCAACAUCACCCCAGAGCUGUAUGAGAUCUUCCUGUCCAGAGCCAAAGAGAAGUGGAGGAGCUUCAGUGAGACUAGUUCAGUCAAUGAAAACGAAGAAUGUGGAGGUUCACUGGCAGACAGAGAGUCGAGUCUGGAUUUAAUCAAGCUGGAUAUUUCCAGAACUUUCCCCUCUCUCUACAUAUUCCAGAAGGGUGGACCAUAUCAUGAUAUAUUGCACAGUUUGUUGGGGGCGUACACUUGUUACAGACCUGAUGUCGGCUAUGUUCAGGGGAUGUCCUUUAUUGCUGCUGUUCUAAUUCUGAAUUUGGAGGAAGCCGAUGCCUUCAUUGCCUUUGCCAACCUUCUUAACAAACCAUGCCAGAUGGCCUUCUUCAGAGUGGACCAUGACCUGAUGCUGAAGUAUUUUGCAGCAUUUGAGGUGUUUUUUGAGGAGAACCUUCCCAAACUAUUCCAGCACUUUCAGAACAACAGCUUGACGCCUGAUUUUUACCUCAUAGACUGGAUCUUCACUCUGUACAGCAAGUCGCUACCGCUGGAUGUGGCAUGUCGUGUUUGGGAUGUGUUUUGCCGAGAUGGAGAGGAGGCGUUAUUCCGAACAGGACUGGGAAUUCUGAGGCUGUACCAGGAUGUUCUACUGCAGAUGGAUUUCAUCCACAGUGCACAGUUCCUUUCCCGGCUGCCUGAAAACACUCCUGCACACACACUCUUCUCCUGCAUCGCAAACACACAGAUGAUCAGUAACAACCGCCGGUGGAACCAGGUCUUUUCUGCUCUGAUUAAAGAUGGACUCAAAGAAACUGACAAAAGCAGCAGCAGCAGCAGCAACAGUCCUGCCUUAAGAAGCUAACAGCUGACUCUCUCCCAGAGGAAGUGAUGAUGUUUCUUAGACUCUGAAGAGAUGCCGGUCAUCACUCUACACUUUGACCUCGGCAGUGUGACCCCAACGUCUCAGGCUCAGCCCCGAUGUGCUGAAUGUCCCGUUUGAAGCAUCUCCUUAAUGGACCUGUGUCCUGUUGAAGGGACAUUUCUUCACUUGCACUCGCAAGCCUGUUUAUGUGUGUGUUUGUGUAAGAAUGAGCCUGAGAAUAAGAGAUAUGUGAGUCAGGAGACUGUAUAAUGUGCCAACUUUGUCAAUGUUACUUUUGUAAUGUUGUGACUAGAAGCAUUUACACACACAAACAUAGAGGUCAAUGCUACAUUAUUUGAACACUCCUUUGGUUGCUGUGAACCAGAGGUAGGCCCUCUGUUAUAUGCACACACACACACUCAAUAUAAACCUGCAGUAGCCUUUCAUUAGCACAUACCAAAUCUGACGUUAAUGUGUUUUUUUCACCAUGUCUCCAUUUAUCUGAAUUAACUGUUUGCUAACAUAUUUGCCACUGACAGAAAGCAUAGAGCCAUUCAACUCUGCGACCAUCCUCCGUAUGUCCCCAAAACACACAGACGUAGAGCCAAAGUUAAUAGAAGAGCAUAGAACAAUCUCAAUAAACAGGUGCUGUAAGAUAUUAUAUUAGCACUCCAGAUUUUGACAAAAUUUGACAAAAUAAUGGGCUAUAUUAAUUUAAAUAAAAGGUUUGAACACACUUGCAUAACACAUGUACACAUAUUAACCAACCAGCAGCAAACAAGAGUUCAGCUUUUAGUUUUUGCACGUUCUACUACACUCCAAAUGAAUGAAACUUUAUAUUUCCCGAUUUUUUUUUUUUCAGUUAUUUAAUGUCUGUUUUAAUUAUUAUUAUUUAAGGAUUAUUUCUCUUGGUUUUUUUCCCUUUUUUUAAUCUUCGUCACUGUUGUACCGUUUUCUUAUGGAAAAGUUUGUGUACAUUCCUGGUGUGAGGGCUCUAAUGUAGAUGUGGAAAAAUCCCAGUAUUGGAGACCUGCUGUCUUCCUGUUUUUUUUUUUUUUCCAUCUUGUAAAAUUGAAUGUUGCUUAGAAGUUUAUUAGAAGGUACAAACCAGACAUGGGGCCAGCAUGCCUUUGAAGAGUGCCAAUUGCAGAUUAUUGGAAAAUGUAUAAUAAAAUUUGCUGCUUGAUGAGA